ACUUGACCAAUUUGACAAGCAAUGUUUUGAUCAGAUUCUGUCUGGCAUUCCCAGACAUGAGAUCCUGUUGGAUUCUCUUGGUAGUCUUUUGCGAUACCUGACAGACUUCCAUGGUCGAAAGUGCAUCAUUUUAAUUGAUGAGUAUGAUCAGCCUAUCGCUGUUGCCUAUCGCAAUGGGUUCUAUGAUGAUGCCCAGAAGUUUUUUAGAACUGUGUUUGAAGUGCUUCUCAAAGACAAUGAUGACAAGAUUAAGAAAGCUCUGCUUGUUGGUGUAUCGCAUUUUGCUCAGUCUGGAUUUCUUUCAGGACUUAAUAAUCUGAUGAUUUACCCAAUGUACCACAAGACAUUCA